AUGGCGCGAACACGAGGGGCUAAAUCUUCAUCUCCUUCGAAUCGCAAGAAGAGUCUGCGAAAGGAGCCAGUUCCAGAUUCUGCUCCAGAGCCUUCACAGCCGAAAGCAAUUCCUCCUCCGAUGAAGCCAGCGCCGCCAAAGCCUCCGGCGAAACGUUACCUUACCAGGUCAGGAGGUCGUACACUGCAAAAGAGACCCAAGGUGCAGAGCUCAGAACCCAUCGAUUUGACUGAGCAAUCUCCAGAGCCUUCACCAAUUCCAUCACCGGUUCCAACUCCAGUUCCCUCGUCGAGUCCCAUGCUAGUUCCGUCACCGGUGCCAUCUCCGGCGCUGCAAGAAAAAUCUCAGGAGCCUCAAGCGCCACUUCCCAAGCCCUAA